GUUGAAGGCCCCGUCGACAAUCAACCACCAACCACCACACCACCGCCGUCAUGCCUCACUCCUACGGUCUCCGCGCCGGCACUCGGUAUGCCUUCAGCCGUGGCUUCAAGGAGCACGGUAUGAUCCGUCUCUCCACCUACCUGAAGACCUACCGUGUUGGUGACAUUGUCGACAUCAAGGUCAACGGUGCCGUCCAGAAGGGUAUGCCCCACAAGGUCUACCACGGUAAGACUGGUGUCGUCUACAACGUCACCAAGUCCUCGGUCGGUGUCAUCCUCUACAAGCGUGUCGACAACCGCUACCUCGAGAAGCGCAUCAGCGUCCGCAUCGAGCACGUCCAGCACUCCCGCUCCCGUGAGGACUUCAUCAAGCGUGUCAAGGAGAACGCCCUCAAGAAGCGUGAGGCCAAGGAGAAGGGUAUCCACGUCCACCUGAAGCGCCAGGCUGUUGGUCCCCGUGAGGCCCACUUCGUCCAGCAGGCCGGCAACACCCCCGAGACGGUCGUCCCCAUCGCCUACGACACCCACAUUUAAAGGGAUCGCAAUGGAAUUGGGUCGGUGCGAGCGGUUGUUAGGUGUUUUUUACUGGGUUUUCACUCAAUUUUUGCCUCCAAGGCUGAAAUGGACUUGGGCUGCAUGAGACGAAGCAAAGGGUUUCGGAUGCCCUGGCACAUCUCUCGCCUGUGCAUAGAUUCCCCUGAAUGAAACAAAAUCAAAAAUAUUUCCGAGUUCAUGGCCAU